GACGUAACACCGGAUAGGCUACACACCCGGAAACGCUAACGUUUUCAAGCCAGCUGCUUGUGUUUUAGCAGAAAAAUUAUAUUUUGUAAUUUAUUAUUCUGAAAGGCCUUGUUAAUAUUGGCAGACAGCUAAGCCAUACGGAUAACAGUCACUUUUGAGCUAGACGUUACGUGUGCAGGCAGCUACUGAGAGCUGUCUCCUGCCAGCUGGACGCCUGUCAUCUUUGUUUAUCGUCGUUUCGUUUGUACUUUUCUCAGCUGGCCGGAGUUCAGUAUGGACGGUGAGGCGGACGGUACGGUGGGGAUGUCGGAGGACUGUGGCCCCGGCAGGAGGCGUAGGGUGCACGGCAUGCUGAAGCUCUACUACGGGCUGAACGAGGAAGGAAAGGCCGCGGAGGAGCCGGAGUCCCUGGAUCCCUGCGACAUCAACGGGCCUCAUUUUGACCCCGAGCUCUACCUCAACAAGCUCAGAAGAGAGUGCUCGCUUGCAGAGCUGAUGGACCAGGAGACCUGCAUGGUCAAACAGAUCCGCUCUUUGGACAGUGACAUGCAGACACUGGUGUAUGAAAACUACAACAAGUUCAUAUCUGCUACAGACACCAUAAGAAAGAUGAAGAAUGACUUUAAAAAGAUGGAGGAUGAAAUGGACUGCCUGUCUGCCAACAUGGCAGCAAUCACAGAGUUCAGUGCUUCUAUCAGUGGUACUCUUCAAGACCAGCACACGCAGAUUACAAAACUCUCAGGGGUUCACACUCUCUUAAGGAAGCUGCAGUUUCUGUUUGAACUGCCUGCUAGAUUGAAUAAGUGUCUGGAGCUGCAGGCCUAUGCUCAGGCUGUGAGCUCCCACCGCCGUGCCCGCUGUGUGCUGCAGCAGUACAGCCACCUGCCCUCCUUCAAGGGAAUUCAGGAUGACUGUCAUGCUAUCAUGGACAAGCUGGCACAGGAGCUGCGACAGAAGUUCAGGGAUGGUGGGUCAAGCGCCAAAGAUUUAUCGGAGUGCGUGGAGUUGCUGCUACAAUUGGAUGAGCCAGCGGAGGAGCUCUGUGAUAAAUUCCUGAGCCAUGCACGAUCUCGACUUGAGUCAGAUCUUCAGGGCCUGGAAGCAGAGAUAAGACCAUACCCUUCUGCCUCAGCUGUGAAAGAUGCUUCUGCACGCAGGUUGUCAUCGACUACAGGUGCUGGAUCUCUGACCAAUAACUCCCCCAAGACGAACACUUUACCCUCUCCCACCUCAAACACUGACAUCCUGGAAUUCAUUGACAGAGGCUGCAAUGAAUUUGUUAGCAGCUUAUGUUUAGUAAUCACAUCAUAUCAAGAACUUUUUAUCAACCAUGCUCAGACAGGAGAGCUAGCAUCCAAAAACAUCCCACAGAUGGCGAAUGCUAAGCUCCAUGUCUUUGUGGAUGACCUGGCAGCUCGUUAUUUCUCGCUCGUGGAGCGGAGGAUACAAGAGGAGAAAGGCGUCGGAGAUAACUCCCUCCUGGUCCGUGCACUUGACCGCUUCCACCGCAGACUUCAGGCUGUGGCCAAACUGCUGCCAGGCUCCACCGUGCCAAACAAGGGGACUGAGAUUGUGAUACGGGCGGCAACAGAGCGAGUCAAGCAGUACCUCUCUGCUCUGCAGAGCUUCUACAUGGACAGUCUGACAGAUGUGAGGCAGGCCCUGGCGACGCCUCGGCUCUCUGUGGCUGGUGCUUCAGUGGCUGGAGGUGGAUCUCUUCUUGGGGGGCCGGCCUCUGGUAGAGAUGCUCCGACCAGCCUGCCAGAGCUGCUCUCCUCCCUGUCAGCCUCUAUUCUCAAUCAGAUUAAAUCAGUGCUGGCAUCAGUGCAUCUCUUCACAGCUAAGGACAUUACAUUUUCCAACAAACCAUACUUCAAGGGUGAAUUCUGUAGUCAGGGUGUACGCGAGAGCCUGGUGGUGAGCUUUAUAAAGUUUGUGUGCCAGUCCUCUCGCCAGUUCUGUGAGAGCGCAGGAGACAAAGGAGGAUCAACUCCUCCGGCCCUUCUGUUGCUGCUGUCUCGCCUCUGCUUGGACUAUGAAACCUCUACUAUCUCUUAUAUACUUACACUCACAGAUGAACAGUUUCUUGUGCAGCACCACAGUCCUGUAACACCUGUCACAACGUUAUGUGCAGAAGCCAGGGAGGCAGCACAGAAACUACUGAACCAUUAUGUCAAGGUCCAGGGCCUGAUUAUCUCCCAGAUGCUGAGAAAGAGCGUCGAAACUCGAGACUGGGUUAACACCAUCGAGCCACGAAAUGUCCGUGCUGUGAUGAAGAGAGUCGUAGAGGACACCACCUCGAUUGAUGUGCAGGUGGGACUUUUGUAUGAGGAAGGUGUGAGGAAAGCACACAGCAGCGACUCCAGCAAAAGGACCUUUUCUGUCUACAGCAGCUCCAGGCAGCAAGCCCGCUAUGCUGCCAGCUACACUCCGAGUGCUCCCAUGGAUACCAAUCUACUAAGCAACAUACACAAGCUAUUUUCUGAGAGGAUAGACAUCUUCAGCUCAGUAGAGUUCAACAAGGUCUCUGUGAUGACAGGAAUCAUAAAAAUCAGUUUAAAGACAUUCCUGGAGUGCGUCCGCCUGCGCACCUUCGGUCGCUACGGCCUGCAGCAGAUCCAGGUUGACUGCCACUACCUGCAGAUGUACCUUUGGCGCUUCGUCUCCGACGAGAACCUCGUACACUUCCUGCUGGAUGAGAUAGUGGGGAGCUCCGCCCACCGCUGCCUUGAUCCUGCCCCGAUGGAGCAGAGUGUGAUUGAAGUCAUCUGUGAACGAGGUUAAGUGCAGCACGACCAGAUAAUCAACGCAAAACACCACUUCACUAAUACAGACAGAAUUACUACAUACACUGGAAUCACUCUCUUUCUGUUACACAAUUACUGUUCAUGUCAAAUUUAUUGACAAGAUUCAAAAAAUGGUUGUUUGAGAAUCUGUUUACAGGGUCUAAAUUAUACUGUAAAAGUGUUGUUGUGUGCACAUGCUCAUAAACAUUUGUGAAGAUCUCAAUACUCCUGUCACUAAAAAUCAGCUAAGCCCCAGUUAUUACAGUCAUCAAUGAAAAAAUGAUGAAACUCAGGCAUAGGGAUGGAGUUCAGAUUGUCACUGACUGACAGUGAAUUUGGGGCAAAUCUACAUUACAUUCCAAGUAGAGAAUAACAAGCCUCUAGUACUCUCAUUUAAUAUUAUAGUUGCCACAAUCACAAAGCAGAAAAUAUGAGAGGAGUAAUCCCUCGUAUCCAAGAUACAAGCUGAACUUUUACACACACGUUGAAGGAAUGUGUUUAAUGUGAAUACAGAAUAUGAAUGAUUAAAGAGAAAAGUUGUGUCUGGUGGAAAUCUUAUGUAUUAAUAAAUUCUCUUAGGCAUCUUUUGCUGAAUAAUUUGCAGACUGAAUGUUGUCUGAUCAUGUUGUUCAUGUCUAACACUAAAGUAACUGCAUCAGAUUUAAUCUUGCCUUCAAGCUGAUUCUGUUGUUUAUGCAUGUCUUACACAGGUAAACAUAUUUAGGAAUGGUUUAACUAUGUGUGUCUGCAAUAAAAGUGUAUGAAUGUCUGAUUCAAAA